AUGCAGGUUUACUCCAUUAAAGUCGCAGAAAGAGAAGGCUUCACCCUUGAGUGGCCACUGAAGGUAUAUGGUGUAGUUGCUGCCCGAGAUUCUGUGGACUAUCGUCACAAUCUUCUCUUCUAUCGCACUAGGGAUGGCUGCCAAAUCCUGACAAAACAGGAUCCUUUUUUGCACUUGACUGGCCCUUCUCGUGCAAUUAUGUCUGGGGGCAUAAUGGAACCCACAGUUACGACUGAAGUCCACCUAAAACUUAAGGGCACGGUGGAGUCUAAAGAUAGAACAUUGAUCAGUAAAGCCUUUUUCUAUGAUGAAAAAGAUCUUGAUAGUGGUGACAUUAUUUCCACCCGUGUCCUUCAGGGCCUUUGUGAAAUAGAGUUAUGCUGUGAGCAGCUUGAACAUUCACACCAAGCCACUAUCCUCGGUGUCCGUGUUGUACGGGGCUCAUUGCCUUGUGGCAAUGGCAUCAAGAUAGUUUGCUCCGCACUACCUGAGGACAAAACCGAAGGCGGUGGUAAGCGCCCAGCUGGGUGUAUUUUGCUGCUUGAUUCACAAGCUGGAGAUAUGCGUGUGGGUGAAGAGGGUUAUCUUCUGUUGAGGCAAGUUGUAUCUGUAAAAUCAAGAGGAAGGCUUGAAAUUCUCAUGAAGGCUGGAGAAAUCAGUGGAAGUGUCGUCUUCCCAACCAAAUUCAGCGACAUAAGUCGAGAAAGUUGCGAGCUUGGUAGUUGUGAAGUGGAGAUAACCGUUGCUUGGUCCUUGCUCGUUGAAAAGCAGUAUGAAAUCUCGGUGAUGGGAGCUAUACACCCUUACGCAUGGGAAUCAAUUCCACGUAGGCCGAUCAUGAAGCUUGUUUACGCUUGUUGA